AUGGGAUUCGUUUCGGGGAUGUUUAUGGGUGCUUUAUUUGGGAUUUCGAUUAUGGCGGGUUGGCGUUAUAUGAUGAGGAAUCGAAGCCGAAAUCGAGCUGCCAAGGCAGCUGAUAUAAAGCUUCUUGGAUCACUUGACAGAGAAGAUCUAAAGAAACUUUGUGGUGAUAACUAUCCAGAAUGGAUAUCGUUUCCUGUUUACGAGCAGGUGAAAUGGUUGAACAAACAACUGAGCAAACUGUGGCCGUAUGUAGCCGAAGCUGCUACUAUAAUAAUAAGAGAAUCCGUCGAGCCAAUAUUGGAAGAAUAUCGUCCAUCAGGAAUAUCGUCUUUGAAGUUCAGCAGACUUUCAUUAGGAAACGUUGCACCAAAGAUUGAAGGUAUCCGAAUUCAGAGCCAAAAGCAGGGUCAAAUAACAAUGGACAUGGAUUUCCGAUGGGGUGGUGAUCCAGAUAUUGUUUUAGGAAUCGAAGCAGGUGUUUCGUUACCUAUACAGCUGAAGGAUCUUCAAGUUUUUACUAUUAUUCGUGUUAUUUUUCAACUAUGUGAGGAAAUACCUUGCAUCUCUGCUGUUGUUGUGGCCUUACUUUCUGAGCCAAAGCCAAGAUUUGAUUAUACAUUAAAGGCGGUUGGAGGGAGUUUAACAGCCAUUCCUGGACUUUCAGAUAUGAUUGAGGAUACUGUAAAUUCAAUAAUUACUGAUAUGCUUCAAUGGCCACAUAGGAUUGUUGUUCCCCUUGGCGGUGUACCCGUUGAUACAAGUGAUUUGGAGCUUAAACCACAAGGGAAGCUCAUGUUAACAAUUGUGAAAGCAACUCAUUUGAAAAAUAUGGAAAUGAUGGGGAAGUCUGAUCCUUACGCAGUCGCAUUCAUUCGGCCAUUGGAAAAAUUCAAAACAAAAGUCGUUGAGAACAACUUAAAUCCUGUUUGGGAUCAAACGUUUCAUCUAACUGUGGAAGACAAAGAGACCCAAUAUGCAGUUGUUGAGGUUUUUGAUGAAGACAUUGGAUCCGACCAACGACUGGGAAUCGCAAAAUUACCUUUGGUUGAUCUUCAACCGGAUAUUGAGAUAGAAAUUAAUUUGAGACUGAUGCCUUCACUUGAUAUGCUCAAGAUCAAAGAUAAGAAGGAUAGAGGAAAUAUUAUAGUCAAAGCAAAGUAUCAUCACUACACUAAAGAAGAACAAGAUGCAGCGUUGGCCGAAGAGAAGAAGAUGCUUGAAAAUAAAGAAAAAAUGAGAAAUGACGGUGUCAUCAAUAGCACCAUGGAUGCCAUUGAUGAUCCAACACACGUGUCCGGAUGA